AUGUUCCAUAGCUUAGUUGAAAAUAAUACCGUUUCUCCCGAUGGAUUUACAAAUUGUCCAAAAACAAUUAAAAGAUAUCGAAGACAAAGCCAAUAUUCAACAACAUUAGCGGAAAGUAGUAAAGAAAGUAUCGAAAUCGAAGGUCAUAAAAUAACCUUACAUCCAUUUAGUGAGACUUCUAUUCCUCAUAAUUCGCGAAUUGAUGAAGAACUGGUACCUGCUCCCGGAGUUAAACUCUUUGAUGAAACUGAACAAAAAGAUGCAGAUUCAGAAUUAUUAAAGGACACAAAAUGGACCGCUACUAUCGAAUUUUAUUAUGAAUGCUAUCAAGGAAAUUUGAAAGGAGAAACUAAAAUUUCUAUUCCUAAUAAAGAAAAUAUGAUAUUGUUUGAAGAUAUUAAAUUUGAAAAACCUAAUUAUAAUGUACACUUAAAAAUAACAGUCAACAAAGAAGAUUCACCAGAUACUCCAUUGACUUUCGUCAUCGGUCCUUUCGAUGUAAGAGAUUCUAAGGAUAAUGUUGAAUUUAAAGAUGAAGCUAAAUUAACAUUUAAAUACGAUGGAAAUUUUCAACAAAUUAAAGAUGAUCUUGAACGAUAUAAGUCAUGUUUUAUUAACUUUUAUUUCGGAAAAUAUCCAAAAGUUGGAUGGAAAUAUAUUGGUUCAAAAGCUGGAAGUGUUAUAACAGAAGCAAAAAUAAACGGAGAACCAUCAAGUCUAAAAAGUGUAAUCGAAGACAUUAAAAGUAAAGAAAAGACUUUUAAUGUAGAAAAAAAUAAACAAUGGAACGUACAAAGAGUGGAUGCGGAUAUGCCUCAAUCAAAUAUAAUUAAAAGAGACACCUCAGAAACAGCGACACAAGAACCUAACAAAACUGAUGACGUUAACAAGGAAGAAAAAAAGGAGGAAGGAACGCCAACAGCUUGGAUUGCAGCCAUUGUCAUUAAUGGAAUUUUGGUUUUAUUAUUCAUUGGUUUUGUAAUUUACUGCUACUGUAAAAGUAAACAAAGUUUGCACACUCAUUGCAAAGCUAGGCAAGAAGGAAGCGAUCGAUUAUUAUCAGGAAAUUCUAGUAUUCAUAUGAUGGAAAAGAAUUUCGAUGGAGAACCCGAUAGGAUGUAUAAUGAAAAAGCUGCUAAUCUGUCGGGAAACGAGAAGGCUGCCCUGCUCGAUCAUUCGGUGUUUACCGUAGAGGACGAGAAGAGAAGGCUGGAGGACGAGGCGGACAGAUACUCGACACCAAUCAGUGGGAGAAACUCUUCCCGUGAUCCACGUUGUACAUGUGGUACCCUAGAUUGCUGUUGCAAUCAAAGAGAUAAUCCGCCUUACGAAUCCAGAUACGGUAGUGCCCCACAUUCGGCUAGACAAUUUCCUCAACACGAGGAAGAAGAAGAAAAGGAAUUUGCUUACGACGAGCAGAGGCAGAAUGAAGUCGAGGAUGUAUGGAAGCCUCCUAGCAGAACAUAUUCUGCUAGUAGUAGAAAUGCUAUGAACGAUGCUGACUAUUUACCCGGAGCAAUAAGUCCCAUUGACGACGUUGAAGAAUCAGUAAGACCACCACCUACACCAGUCGUCAAUCCUACUCCUAUUAUUCCUCCCAAAAUCCAACCAAAACCCGAUAGAAAAUAUUACGUUUACAUGGUAACCGACGAAUACGGUUCUAGAGAAUGCAUCGGAUUUAUCAAAAUAAAAGACGAUAAUGAAACGACAUUAAGGGAUUUGAGAGAAAAAAUUGAAAAUGCCGAACCAGUCAUUACAGAAGUUAUUGGAAAAGAUUAUAAUUUUGUCACUGAAGAUUUUCAAGACAUCACAUAUCAAGAAGGUUCUUUAUAUGCACAUCGUGUAUAUCCAUCUCAAGGAAUUAAUAUUAAGUUAGUUAAAGAAGAACCAUCCUAUAACAGUUAUUCAGAUCAUAACAAUUUAAAUAAUCACAAUAAUUAUGAUAAUAAGCCCAAAAAACCAUCAGUUAGAAGAACAGAUUCGAAAAGAAAACCCCCACCUUAUGUUGGGCCACUUGGUAUGUGUGGUUCCUCCGACUGUGAUAAACCAGCGCGAAUAAAAUGCCUAGAUUGUAACAGCAUAGCAUAUUGCAGCACUCGAUGUAUGAGGUUAGAUGGCCCUAAUCACAAAAAAUCAUGCUAUAAACAACCCUGGAGAAUAUAGUUCAUAUCUUAAAUUCAUAAUAAUAAAGAUUUGAAGAAUUAUUAUCGAUUCCUUGAUGUAUGACGUUAAAAGUCUGUUAAAUGCUAGAAUCAAGGUCAAAAUUUGGAGUGCCAUUUGUUAAUUAUUAGUUGAAUACUUUUAUCAUCGUCUAAUUAUUUCUCUUCGACUUAAUUUGUAAUUAGACAUUUAUAAAAUUGUCAAUUGUUAAUUAGACUAUCGUGAAACUUGAAUUUUUUUUUAUUAGUAGUUAAGUUGCACUCGUGUUAAAACGCCUGGUUUCCGUAUUUAUAUUAAAAAAAUUAAAUGUUAUAUUUUUAAUUCUCUUAUUAAAUAUUUUAGCCCGUAAAAAAAUGUAUUGUUUAUUUUAUUUUUUGACAUUAGAAACAGAAAUACCUGAAAAGAUUGGGUCAUGCGGAGCACAAACACAUAAUUUGAAAUAGUACAAGAAUAGAAUUAAAUAUAGACUUAUCUUAUAAAAAAUACAUUAAAGAUAAAUAACCAAAAAAAUGUACAGAAGAGAAAAUAACAAAAAGAGACAAUUGAAUAAAGAUGGGGUCAAAUUUAUAGCGGUACAAAAGAAUAUUUUUUUGUUUAUUCCAUGAAUUUUUAACGGGAACCAGGUAAAUUUUAUCGAACAAAUUGUCGUAAAAAUGUUUUCUAAAAACAAAAACAAAAAAGUUGUACAAUAAUUUUUAUACCGGAAUUAACCUAGAAGAAUAUUUAAAUAACAAUGUUCACAUAUCACGAGUGUGUAUACUAUAGAAUCGUUUUAAUUGUCGAUAGAAAUAGUUUGUAAAUAUUUUAAGCUUUGUUUUUAUAAAUAUAUAUAUAAAUCGCAAUCAAUGCUCAACACGAAGUUUUGUAUAUUUUUAAAUCGAAUUUAUAAUGAAUUAUGUUAAAAAAAUAAAUCGUUAUAAAUAUUGUAUUUAUGUAAGAAAUGCAUUAUAUAGUUAUUUACAUGUUCUUUCAUUAUUUUUUAUUGUUAGAAAUGCAUUUUAUUUAUGAAAACGUAUGAAAAACAAGAAGCAAGUGUUCUCUUUGAGCACCUCACCUCAUGUGCCUUUGGGAAUAAUAAAGUAGAUAUCUGUGAUAUCACAACCAACUUGUUUCUCUAUUUCUUUAUGUAAUAAAGCUUCAUAUAUUGCUAAUUUUAGGUAAUCAAAAAUAUUCAACGUUGAAAUUAUGUUUAAU